AACUCGAUUCGAUUCCCCUCCAUCCCCACCGGAAGCGCCACCGGCGCCGUCGCCUGCCGCCAUGCUCCGCCUGCGAAGCUGCCUCCUCACCCAUCUCCUCUCUUCUCACCCAGCCGCCUCCCCUCUCCACCGACUACUCUCAGCGGCUGCCUCCCCAAGCUCCGCGUUCGCCGUCGAGCAGUACCUCGUCGACACCUGCCGCCUUACCCGGGCGCAAGCCCUCAAGGCCUCCACAAAGCUCUCCCACGUCAAGUCCCCCACCAAUCCCGACGCUGUCCUCGCGCACCUCGCCGGCCUCGGCCUCUCCAGCGCCGACAUCGCCGCCCUCGUCGACAAGGACCCCAAGUUCCUCUGCGCCGGCGUGGAAAGGAACCUGGCACCCACCGUCGUCGACCUCACCGGCCUCGGUCUGUCCCGUUCCCAGAUCGCCUGCCUCGUCUCGCUCGCCCCCGCCAAAAUCCGCCGCAGAUCCGUCGUUUCCAGGACGCACUACUACCUCUCCUUCUUCGGCUCCUCCGAGACCUUCCUCCAGGCGAUCAAGCGCUGCCCUCAACUCCUCUCGGCCGACCUCGAGAAUGCAGUGAAGCCCAAUGUCGCGUUCCUGCACGAGUGCGGGCUAGGUGCUUGCGAUGUUUCCAAGACGUGUCUCGCUAGGCCGAGGAUGCUCCUCACCAACCCGGACCGUCUCAAGGGCAUGGUGGCGUGUGCCGAAAGUCUCGGCGUGCCGCGUGGCUCUGGAAUGUUCAGGCUCCUGCUCCGUAGUGGCGGGCUUCUGAGCGAGGAGAAUUUCGCAGCCAGAAUGGAGAAUUUGAAGAACACCUUCAGGUGGUCGGAUGCUGAGCUCAUCACCGCCGUGUCCAAGAAUCCGAUGGUGCUCAAGAGGUCUAAGGAGACGCUGGAGAGCAGCUCGAAGCUGCUCAUCUCUGAGAUCGGGUUGGAACCGGCAUACAUCGCUCGUCGCCCGUCAUUGCUCAAUUACAGCCUGGAGGGCCGGAUCAGACCCCGGUACCACGUUUUGAAGUUUCUUAAGGGAAACGGGUUGCUAGAUCGUGACCGGGACUACUAUUCCGCAUUCAAGGUGACCGACAAGGUAUUCGUGGACAAGUACAUAUGCCCUCACAGUGAAGUUGCGCCGCACCUUGUUGAAGACUAUGCCGCCGCUUGCAGAGGGGAAGUGCCAACUAAUUUCAGAUUUGCUUGAACCAAGGACGGGCUAUGGGAAUUGGUAACUGUGUGUUGGUUGUCUGGUGUUACAUGUCUGUUUGAUGCUGGUUUGGUCAUUGCUAGCGUGGGAUGAAACUGAUAAUUUGAUUCCUAAACCACUGACAUGUUAACGGCGUUAUUCAGUAGAGAAGAAACCAUGGCUUGGUUGUGAACUUGUUUGUCCUACUGCAUGUUGUAAGCACACAUAUUGGACCUAAGAAAUUGUGAGACAAUAAGCCAAGGUAAGGAUGAUGUCUUCUUCAUUGUGGUAACGAACUCCUGAUGUUUUAUUAUUUUGUCGCAAUUCAUAGUUGAUAAUUGGAUGAUCUUUCCAAUGCAUGCCCAAAUUUAGAUAAAAAGUCUUUUGGGGAGCAAC